GCGUUCGCGUCGGGGGAGUGGCUACGCGGGGAUGAGCGCCGCGGGUCUUACUGUCGCCGGUCUCCGCGCGGGUGUCGCAGAGCCAGGCAGGAGGGUCAGUGACCAUCUGGAAGCUUAGGUGGCCAGAGGAAGCACGCCGGCCCCCUCCGCGUUCCUCCUCAGCUUCUCGUCUGCAGAGAGGCGCUCUGAGCUCUUCCUGCCGGCGGCCUCCGCUUGUCGGUGCACUCGGGGUGGCGCUCGGAGGGAGAUCGGUCGUGAACCCUCUUCGCGGGCUCCUGGCGUGGCCGCAGGUGACGGCACCUCUUCCCAGCAUGGCAGCCCCACCGCCUCCAUCUCCAGACCCACAGUUUGUCCUCCGAGGCACUCAGUCAGCGGUGCAUGCGCUGCAUUUCCACUCAGGAGCCCAGGGGCAGGGAUGCCCACUCCUCUUCUCAGGGUCCCAGAAUGGGCUGGUACACAUCUGGAGCCUGCAGACACGGAGAGUGCUCACCACCCUGGACAACCAUGGGGGCCAGUGUGUGACCUGGCUGCAGACACUGCCCCAGGGGCACCAGCUUCUCAGUCAGGGCCAGGACCUUAGGCUGUGCCUGUGGGACCUGACGGAAGGCAGGAAUGCCGUUGUGGACUUCGUGCACCUGGAGAGCAUGGGCUUCUGCCGGGGCUCCACCCUGGCCAUGGGCCAGCAGCGCUGGACACUGGCUGUGCCGGGGAAAGGAACUGAUGAGGUUCAGAUUCUGGAGAUGCCAUCCAAGACGUCAGUGUGUACCCUGAAGCCGGAGGCAGAUGCCAAGCCAGGCAUGCCCAUGUGCCUGGAGCUGUGGCAGGCUGACUCCAGUUCCCGCCCACUCCUCCUAGUCGGCUACGAGGAUGGAUCGGUAGCCCUGUGGGACAUCUCCCAGAGGAAGGUGUGUAGUCGCGUUGCCUGCCACACGGAGCCCGUCAUGAGCCUUGACUUUGACUCCCAGAAGACCAGGGGUGUCUCGGGCUCUGCAGAGAAGGCGCUGGCUGUCUGGAGCCUGGAUGAGCAGCAGGCCCUGCAGGUAUGCAGAACUCAUGAAAUCACCAAUCCUGGAAUCGCCGAUGUCAAGAUUCGUCCGGACCACAGGAUCCUGGCCACAGCAGGUUGGGAUCACCGUAUCCGUGUGUUCCACUGGCGGACAAUGAAGCCACUGGCCGUGCUGGCCUUCCACAGCGCUGCCAUCCACUGCGUGGCCUUUGCCAACGAUGGUCUGCUGGCUGCAGGCUCCAAGGAUCAGCGCAUUAGUGUCUGGUCACUCUACACACAGACGUGAUUCACCUGCUUCCUUGUGGUGGCAUAGAGGGGAGAAAGGUGGGCACACACAUCCUAGCCUUACUUGGGUGUGGACAUCAGGCCAAGAGACUUCUGAGGACAGCAUGCCCUUCCAGUUCCAGAAGAACUGCUUUGUGGAGGCUUCCUUUCUUCAUACGCUACUUCCUAUUGUGAAAUAACAGCAUCUUUAAGACAGUGACGCUGCUUCCCAAAGAGUUACUGAGCCAGCCACCUGAUAAUUGGCCAACCUGGAGGUGCUUUACAGCCCAUUUCCAAUUGCAAACCCACAGGCUCCCAGCAGAAAUUCUUUUGAGGAGACCCCUUUCUGUGGGCUCCCCCUCAGGGCCAUGGCUGAGACCCACCUUCAUAGCCUUCCCUGGGCAGAUCCCCCAGCCUUCACAGAGGACAUCAGGUGUCCCCAGGGUCUUCUGACACCUUGUGGCUCCUCACGCAUGGCUGGAGAGGAGCUCUGGAUUCAGAAUUGAGACCAAGGCCAGGGAACAGAGGUGCCCAGACUCCUACUAGGGAGCGUGAGGCAGGAGGAGUGUUCAGAAUCAGGAUGACAGAGGGUACUCUGGGCAGGAGAGCUCACACACAGUGUGAGCCAAGUGCAGAAUCAGGGUAAGGAAGCUCUACCCAGGGACCGAGACCAGGGCUGGCAAGGCACUAGCUCAGCAGGGCCUCUAGGCAGAGAGCAAAGUGGGCACAGGCCAUCACAGUGACCAAGGGCACAGCACCCAGAGUCCCUUCCUACAUAUGUCCAAGCCCUGCAGGCAUGGUGUCUUUGCUUGAAACUGAGCAUUGGGGAUGGGAAAAGGCCCACAUGGUACCAUGCACCAGGUUUGAGUCCCUGGCGACCACAUGGAAGCAAAUGCACAAGGAGGCUUCACCGUAGUGUCUCUCCUCUCUGUCUCUCCCUCUCUAUAUAGUUCACCCUCUCUGUCUCUCACCAUAUAUUAUAUAUAUAAUCUGUUAGGAGCAGGAGAGUCAUGGUAUCAUGGAACCCCAACAGUAACUCUGGUGGCAAAAAGAAAGAAUGAAAGAAAAACUUGAUUGGAAGGAAUGAGACCUGCUGAGGGCCAUAGGCAAAUUCCAACAAAGCCUCAGAUUUGCUUUGUUGCCAGAAGAGCCCUUCGGCCCCAACAUCAGCCCUCUUCUACCUGAAGAGCCUGAUGUGACCUCCCUUUGGCAGUGGCUCUAUGGGACCGUCAGGACCCCACCCCCACUCCCCACUUUGCCGUUAAGUAAACACUGGCCCCAGUAGAUUGUAAAGGCUGAGGUGGAGAGUUUGACCUGUGAGGAGGUGGCUCCUCUCCAGAAGAGCUCGUGGCUUCCCGGCUCGUGCAGACAGCAAUCUGGAGACCAUGUGUGGGGGCCAGGUGGCGAGGAUGAGAUGAAGCAGGCAAAAUCACUCAGCCAGCCAGCUAUGCUGAGGUCUGGCCUUGGCGUUUUAGCCUAAAGAGUUAGGAAAGUCUCCAGGGUGGUGGUGGUUGAAACAUGGCAAGUAGGCUAAGUGAGUGUGCCCAGGGGGGUGGGGGUAUUCCAAAGGACAUAUCACAGGAGAGCUCACUCACCAGAGAGAGCAUUCUCCACAGCUGAGGAACUCAUUUAUGAGGGACCCCAUGCCCUUGAAGAGCUCUGCAGUGGGCUCUUUUCUGCGGGUCAGAGACCACAGCCAUGGAAUUGUGGUCUCUAAAUGCAGUGGGACCAUUGGGCCCCCAGAGCCUGGGGCCACAGAGACAGGGUGGACUUGCCACCUGGAUGGACCGAUGGAAUGUCAGUGGUCUGACUCAGAAGUGGGGGUGCUGUGCAGCCUGCUGGGAUCAGACUGGAUCUGCAUGUGUGGACUUGGCCUUGGUCACCAGACACGAGUCCCCUCAGUCACAAACCAGGUCACUAUGGCGAAUGAAUCUGGACCUCACAGUUCUGUCUCCCUGGUGCAGCCCAGUGGGGCUUUGUAUCUGAGUCUGUGUGAGUGAGGCCAGCAGAUUCCAAGGUCUGUGCGGCCUUCUGGGUAUUACAUUGUAGGACUCAUACCCUUGGUACUUUGAGCAGUUCCCAGCAACCCAGAGAACAGUGGGACGUCUCAUACACCCGCUGCAAUAUCCCUCAGCCUGUUUAACAGAAAAGAAUGUGCAUGGGACUUGGCUAGACCUUGGCCUUUCCACCAGGUCCUGUGGGAAGUCCCACUCCUGGCCACACACCUGAGGGCCAGCAGUUGACAAUAUCUUCCUGUUCCUAUGGGGGUGGAGGGGACAGGCUGAGGGCAGGGAGUGUUCAGUCAUCACAGGCCCUGCACCCCAACCCCCAUGUCUACAUGGGAGGUGCUUUUGGCAGGAGCCUCCCUGGACCUGGCAGUUCCUUACAAACCACAUCUCGCCCUGGCAUCUGGGUGGCAUUGCAAAAGCAGCUCAUGCUUCCCCCCCAGGUUAAACGCCUUAUCUAGCAUCCCUUUGCCUCUGCUGCUGGGAAUCAAACUCAGGGCCUCGUGCAUGCAAAGCACACACACUGCUGCUGAGCUACCUCAUGGCCCCUUUCUAGGGUCUUUUAAGUUAUAUUUUUAUUUUACUUAUUACUGGAUACAGAAAUUGAGGUGAGGAGGAGGUAGAUAGGGAAAGAGACAGAUAUCUGCAUCCCUGCUUCACCACUCGUGAAGCUUCCCCCAUGCAGGUGGGAACCAGGGGUUCUUGCACUUUGUAACAUGCACUCAACCAGGUGUGCCGCCACCUGGCCCCACCUUUCUAGCUUCUUUAACUAUUAACCGAACAACAGGUUAGACCUUAGACUUCAGUGCUGUUUCAUUCAGGAGUCGUUGUAGUUUUGCAGGUUAACACUGGAUGUGGGCUGCAGUGAAGGACCCACUGAGGAGGAUGUUCAGUUCAGCUGAGCAAAGCCCCAGUCUCCCAGGGAAGAGCAGGCAUGGGGCGCAUGCUGUCUUAUGUCCUUGGUGUAUUGGCACAGUCAGCAAGAUGCCUGUCAGCUGAGUGGUGCAGUUUGUUCCAGCCCCCAGUGCAUGCUCACAUUAAGUGCCAGGGAGAUAGCUCAAGUGUUGUGUGUACCAGAGUGGCACUCUGGUUUUUUUCCCUUCCUCCCUCCAUCCCUCCCUCAUGUGAAACUGUCUAAUAUGAAAUAAAAAUAAGAUGGUGUGAGACCACCCACUGCCAAAAGAAAAUUUGUAUUUUUGCAUAGCAAUAAAGAUCUCUUGUGUUGGAUCUCAA